AUGUAUGAAAUUGCAGGAGAUCUCAGCUUCAAUAAGCUAGAAGGGGAACUUCCAAAUUUUGUAAAUAUAAGAAAAUUGAGGAAACUAAGAACAAGGGUGGACAUAGAUGGAUCCUGUAUUGGUUUCAGAGGACCAAGGGGGCCAAUUUUCGGCACCUUUGUUUAUGAGGAGGAGGUUCUGGGGAGUGGUUUUGAGGUGAUUUCUGUUGGAAGAAAAAAGCUUGUUCGUUCUGUUCCAACAGAGUUGAACAAAGACCAUAAUGAAAUUUUGGAGCUUGCCCAGGCUCAGGGUUUUGUCACCAUUGAUGAAGUUGAAAGGCGGCUUUCUUGGACCACUGGUCGUGCAACCGAUGCACUUGAUACUUUGCUAGAUGAAGGUCUUGCAAUGAUUGACGACGGCCAUAGAGAUGGUAAACGCCAAUAUUGGUUCCCCUGCGUUUCUCCUAUUGCAUCAUCACUUGGAGUCGAUUCUUAACAGGUAUGGUAUGUUAUGGAGGAGGAGCAUGUAUUUUAAUCUAAUAAG